GCAGCUAAGCGUGUGUUGCAUAGACUGUAGGUCUGGUGGCGAUGGCGUCUGUGGAGCUGAGGACUCGUCUGGAGGAGCUUCUGAGGCGCCUCGACAUCGACACGAUCUGCGUCGAUCAUCCCGAGGUGUUCACGGUGGAGGAGAUGAUGCCUCACGUGGCUCAUCUGAGCGGCGCGGUCACUAAAAACCUCUUCUUGAAGGACAAGAAGAAGAAGAGCCUGUGGCUGCUGUCUGUGCGUCACGACCGGCAGCUGAACCUGAGCGAUGUGUCCAAGCGUCUGGGGCUCGGCGCGGGGAACCUGCGUCUGGCCGACGAGUCUCUGAUGCUGGAGAAGCUGAAGGUGGGUCAGGGCUGCGCCACGGCCCUCGCGCUCUUCUGUGACACCGAGCGCAGCGUCAGGAUGGUGCUGGACCACGACCUGACCCACGGAGGCCACCAGAGAGUCUACUUCCACCCCAUGACCAACAGCGCCACCAUGGGGCUCGAACCGGACGACCUGCUCCGCUUCCUGAAGGAGACCGGCCACGAGCCCCUCGUCCUGAGCUUCGACUGAGUCUGCUGAGAGCGCCACC